AUGACCUUCUGCAGCUUGUUGUCAGUUGCCCUGGUGCUGCUCUACUCCAGCAUCCUCUGCUCCCUGGGAUGUGACCUGUCUCAGGGCCUCCAGGAAGACUUCUCACUUCUGAACCAAAUGAGCACAUUUUCCCUGGUGCCAUGCCUGAAGGACAGGAUCAACUUCAACUUCCCAAAGGAAGCCAUGGAAGGCAACCAGCUCCAGAGGGAAGAUGCCAAAGUCAUUGUUCAUGAGAUGCUCCAGCAGAUCUUCACCCUCUUCAGCCAGAAUGCUGCUCCUGCUGCCUGGAAUCAGACCCAGGUCAUGCAACUGCUCAUUGGACUGGAUCAACAGAUGGAGAAACUGGAGAGGUGUCUUGCACAGAAUGUGGAGUGGGAAGAGCCUUCUUUAGGAAGUAAGAACUCCAGGCUGGCCCUAAGGAGCUACUUCCAAGGGAUGAGCCAGUACCUGGAAGGCAAAAAGUACAGCCACUGUGCCUGGGAACUCAUCCGAAUAGAAAUAAGGAAAUAUUUUCUGUUCAUGAGCAAACUCACAAGGAAAUUCAGGGACUGA